AUGGAAGAAAUUUUAUUGCAAAUUUUGAAAGGGUAUUUUAAAAUUGCAUAUAAUUACGACAUUUAUAUUGUUUAUAAAUGGCAAAUUGGAGAUUUGAGAUUAUCACAAUCUGCGAAUAAUACUUCAUCAAAUAAUGAAAUAUAUGGUGUAAUAUCAUACAUAGCACCAGAAGUAUUUAAUUGUUCUUCAUUUACAAAAGCAUCUGAUGUUUAUGCCAUGGCCAUGAACUUACAACUGAUUAUUGAUGGAAAACGACCUGAAAUUUCUACCGAUACUACCGAUUGCUUUGCUGAUUUUAUGAAACAAUGUUGGGACUUUGAUUCUUCAAACAGAUCUUCUAUAAAAGGAAUACGUGAAACCGUUUCUAGUUGGCGUUUUGAAAAAAUAAAUGUCAUACAAUUUAAUCAAGCUGAAAAAAAGACGAUUGGAAUUAUUAAAAUUAAAGAAACUUGA